AUUAUCCCUCCUAACUCCAAGAAAAUCCGUGCAUAUAUUCUCUUCAUUCUUUUCUCUCUUCCCAAAAAAAAAAAAAAAUCACCCUUCUCCAUACACCUUCCAUAUCCCAAGCCCAUAAACAGAAAAGCUAGCAUAAAAAAUCUAGAAAAAAAUAGUAAUUAAUGGCUAGUCAUCAUGAACUUGAACUAUCAUAUAAUCAUAGUGAUAGUGAUGAUGACGAGGAAGACAACAUUGAAGAUAUAGAAGAGGAAGAAAAAGAAGAUAAUAAAUCUAAUGACUGCAACAACGUUUGUAGUGGUCGUGGUCGAGGAGGAGGACUGACAGACUUUUUCUCUUGGAAAGUCAUAGACCCUAGAGCGCCUUGGGUUCAAGAAUGGAACCGCGUGUUCUUAUUAGUAUGUGCCACGGGGCUUUUUGUGGAUCCACUCUUUUUCUACGCUCUUUCUAUAAGUGAGAGUUGCAUGUGCCUUUUCAUCGAUGGUUGGUUCGCGGUCACGGUCACGGUUCUCCGGUGCAUGACCGAUGCUUUACAUUUAUGGAAUAUGUGGCUACAAUUUAAGAUGAAAAAAUUGCGUCCUCAUGAAAAUGAGUUUAAUAAUCCUCCUCGACUACAUCAGGACCAGAGUCUUCGACGUUCUGUGGCCUUACGAUACUUGAAAUCCAAGAAGGGUUUCUUUUUCGAUCUCUUCGUCAUCCUUCCUUUACCUCAGAUAGUGAUGUGGGUAGGGAUUCCAGCUUUAUUGGAGAAAGGAUCUACAACAACAGUGAUGACAGUGUUGUUAAUUAUGUUUCUGUUUCAGUAUUUGCCCAAAAUUUAUCACUCCGUUUGCCUAUUGAGACGCAUGCAGAAUCUCUCUGGAUACAUUUUUGGUACUGUUUGGUGGGGAAUUGCUCUCAACUUGAUCGCUUAUUUUGUUGCCUCUCACGCAGUGGGAGCAUGUUGGUAUUUGCUAGGAAUACAAAGGGCAGCAAAAUGUUUGAAAGAACAGUGCAGUGUCACAAAAGGUUGUGGCCUGAAAAUGCUUGCUUGCGAAGAGCAAAUAUUCUAUGGAACAAGCAGUCUGGUGAAGCAUAAAAGUAGAUUCAUUUGGGGGGAGACCAAAAUUGCAAGAUCGACUUGCCUAGACUCUCAUGAUCAAGACCUUUUUGAUUAUGGAGUUUAUAAAUGGACUGUUCAACUUAUUACUAAUGCAAAUCGUUUCGAGAAAAUACUCUUUCCCAUCUUCUGGGGUCUCAUGACUCUCAGUACUUUUGGCAACUUGGAGAGCACAACAGAUUGGCUGGAAGAUGUUUUCAUAAUCGUCGUUCUCACUUCUGGUCUACUAUUGGUUACCAUGUUGAUUGGUAACAUCAAGGUAUUCUUGCAUGCAACAACAUCAAAGAAACAGGCAAUGCAACUAAAGAUGAGAAAUGUAGAAUGGUGGAUGAGGAGAAGAAGGUUGCCUCAGGGAUUAAAGCAGAGGGUCAGAAAUUAUGAAAGGCAAAGAUUUGCAGCAACGAGGGGAGUUGAUGAAUGUGAGAUGAUAAGUAACCUUCCAGAGGGUCUUAGAAGAGACAUCAAAUAUCAUCUUUGCUUGGACUUGGUCAGACAGGUUCCUUUGUUUCAACAUAUGGAUAAUUUGGUCUUGGAGAACAUAUGUGAUCGCGUGAAGUCACUGAUUUUCACAAAAGGAGAAACAAUAACAAGAGAAGGUGAUCCAGUUCAGAGAAUGCUGUUCAUAGUGAGAGGCCAUCUCCAAAGCAGUCAAGAACUUCGAGAUGGUGUCGAAAGUUGUUGCAUGUUAGGCCCUGGAAACUUCAGUGGGGACGAACUUCUCUCAUGGUGCCUCCGGAGACCCUUCGUGGAGCGGCUACCACCGUCCUCGUCAUCACUAGUGACUCUUGAGACCACCGAAGCCUUUGGCCUUGAAGCGGACGAUGUCAAGUAUGUCACUCAACAUUUUCGCUACACAUUUGUAAACGAGAAAGUGAAGAGAAGCGCAAGGUAUUAUUCUCCAGGAUGGCGAACUUGGGCGGCUGUUGCUAUUCAGCUGGCCUGGAGGAGAUACAGGCAUCGGUUGACACUCACAUCGUUGUCAUUUAUUCGACCAAGAAGACCAUUAUCACGAAGUACUUCGUUAUCAGAGGAUAGGCUUCGGCUUUACACGGCUUUGCUCACUUCACCAAAGCCAAAUCAGGAUGAUUUUGAUUUUUGAAAGAGCAAUAAAAAUGAAUUCUCUUGUAGAACACAUAUGUUGUAAUAUAGUUUGGAGUUUAUUUUGAGGAGACUUCCUAGCUUUCUUUUCAUGUUAUGAGAAAGGAGCACAUAACAAGACAUGUUCUCGUCA